UCUAUGCUACUGGUUGGGAGAGGAAGCUGGGUACGUCUUCUCUGAGAAAAAAUGGAUAUUUUUCAAGGAAAUUAAGAACAGCCAAUCAGAAACGAGUAUGUUUCAUGUGUUACGCAUCAUCUGUCCAUUCUAAUGAUAUCUAUCUACAUUUUUCGAUAGGAAAGCAAGAUGAGAAGAACUAACGCCACAGACAAAUCUUCAUCGUCAUUUUCAUCUUCAUCGUUACUAUCAUCAUCAUCAGUGCUCGAGAGUUCAACCACACCAUCCGCAGAUAGCAUCAUUCCUAAAAUCUUCACGGCAGCCCCUCCUACCACACUAGUUUCUCCCCGAGACACAAUGUUAACUUACGGCGUGUUUCAAGUAGACGAAGGCAAAUACGAUGAAGAAAAGGAAGAAAAUAAAACCUUCAAAUUGCAAGACCCUCCCAAAAGAAAAGCAAAAGCUUUUACCAAAUCACUCGGCAUAACAGAUGAGUUUGAUUGCUCCCCUCAAAAAUCGACGCAGGAAGGUACCUCGUCUAGCCCUUCACGGGUCAAAGGCCAGACGUCCAUAACUCAAUAUAUGAUACGUACUUCACCUCAACAUGGAGCACGUCUAAGGAGCAAAUCCUGUCAUUCCCCUUUACCUCAUUCCCCUUACACGAUACUGGCUCAAUCGCCUUGCACUCCGUCGAAAUGUGCGAAAGGCAACGAUGGCGGAAACUUCUUCUUUUCAGAUCUGCCUACAGGAGAAUUGAACACGGCUGUCUUUUCACACGACAAAAGAAACAGAAAACGUCCGGUCGAUAUGAGUUCCAUGAACGACAAGGAAAUUGUGGAAAACUUCACAGAUCUCAAAAUGGCGUCACCUCCUCCGAUAACCAUGGAUAAACUACCGGUCAGAGAAAGGUGUCGAUCAUCGGAAGACGAUUCAGAUUAUUACGCUAUGGCGAACAAAUCGUCGGCUGUUACUCCGCCAUCACCUCGUUUAGUGAAGAGUGCCUGCGAACGUAGGCAAAAAACUGCAGAAUCACCGGUCUAUAAAGACUGCUUCAGAAGAACAUCAUGCAGAUGCUACGAGGAAAAUACACCUGGCGGAUAUAGCAAUCGUAGCUUUUGCAAGCAGGCGAAUAUAUUAGAAGAUGAAUCGAUAUUGUGUCCAACAGAGAGGAGCGUUUGUCAUGGACACGAAAGCUCACAGGAAUCUUGUCAACAAAAAAUGCGGUUUGAACAAAGGCCGUGUUCAACAACGGUAUUUGGUCAUUCCUUGUCGGGGUUAGUUCCGGUUGAUUAUAUACACGAUCCAGAACAUCCUAUCCCAGAUGAGUUCCCUUACGAAUCCACUUUCGUGUCCUCCUACGACAAGAAGGGAAUAUACAGAAAGGACGAGAUGUACAACAGAAUUCAAGCGAUGAAGGAAGGCAAUGAUGCUGGUAAAGUCAUGUUUAGACGUUGGUCGAAUAAAGACGUCACCCGAAAUCGUUCGUGCGAUAAUCAACUCUGGGAUUCUGAUCUAUUGCCAUCGCCUCCGUCUCACAACGAGGUUGCUCAUUCGCCGGCCAUGUUGCCACCAUCACCGUUUAAUCUCCACCACCCGACGACGACCAAAAUGUCCCAUCUUACGUCACGACACGCAAGCUCUUACAUUUCUCCAGUCUCGAAGAUAUCGCCUGGGCAUGCGCAGUCAUAUCGCCCUUCUACAUCAACUGGUGAUCUUUGCCUCGACCGCAGCAGUCAGCCGUCAGAAGUUCGAUUCGAAGAAGGAUCUGGAAAUUCCUCGCAUCAGCAUGAAUAUCUGUCUGCCCUCCAGUCAGCCCCAUCACUGCAAUCUCUGGCAACGCCUCUAGAAAGUCCGUCGCGGAUAUGUCGGAAACAGCCCCAACUAAUAUCUUCACCCAGCAAUCCGUUCAUCUUUCCCAGCCACUAA